UCUUUUAAUUCUUCAUACUGUUACUUACAAAAGAAAGAAAAAUGCCUUGCGUUGGUUGUGAAAAAGACUGCAAAUGCACUCCCGAGAAGUGCUGCGAUAGCUGCAAGUGCCAGAAGCCUGGAAAAUGUGGCUGCAAUCCAGCCAAUGCCCCCGCUUCAGGUGGAUGCUGCAAGAAGAAGGAUGACUCAGCGGCACAGGGCAAGUGCUGUGGCAAUGGGGACAAGAAGUAGGAGGCAACCAGUUAGUUACACCCAAACAGAUUCAAAGAGCAAUUGCAUUUGCGUUUCCUUCUUGCCUCAUAUACUACACACAAACUUUACAAAUGUAAUAUGUAAUUAAACAAAAGCCCUAUACCAGCAUUGCGACUGUUUCACUAUAUACAUAUACACGAAAAGUAACUGAGUUCCCAGCAUUGCAACGUUCAACGUCGUGGCAGGGCCAAGAAGUGCCGGGAGUGUAGCAAUCCAUCGGGAGAAUGCUGCAGCCAGUCUGUCAUAGAAAGUG